AUGGCUCGUGCAAUGCUCAGAUACACCACCUACAAUGGAUAUACACUAGCACGCCUUUGCUCGUCCUCCUGUCGCCAUCAGGGGAGGCACUCGUACGCGCGGCCGGACCUCUACGAGCUCCUCGAGCGCCUCCCUACUCCGUCCAUCUCUGGAUCCCCCGGCGCACCCGCGUCUGCUCGUCCCCCGCGCGUCUGCGUCGGCCAGCCGUCCCAUGCGGGCGCUUCCCCGAGCGUAGCUCCGCCCGUGGCCACCCCAGCGCCGCCUCCUGCCUCGCGCGCCGGCGGGCUCCCUGCAGCGCCCGAGCCCCUGCUCCCCCUGCUACCUCCUCCUGCGUCGCUCGCCGGCUUCCAACUCGGCCGGCUCCGCGACCCGGUCGUCCGCGUUGCUCCCGGCCGCCUGCCGGCUUCCUCGCAACCCGGCCUCGAGCCGGCACUGCCUGCCAACCAGGCCGCCUGCCGGCUUACCCGCAACCCGGCUCGGCCUCGCCGCUGCACCCCGGCCGUCUCGCCGGGUCCGCGCCCGGCCCUGCUCCGCUCCUCCGCGCCUGCCGGGUCCCCGCGGCCGCCUCGCCCUGCUUCCGGCCUCCUCCCGCGAGGCCGACUCCCCCGCGCCGCCUCCGCGGCUGCCGCUCCGCACCGCCGGCUCCCGCGCGCCCAUUGGCCGGCUCGCCGUCCCACGCCGGCUCCGCCUCCGACCCGGCCGCCGGGUCAGCCCCCGCGCGGGCUCUACCUCCGGGAUGCCGGCUCGCCGCUCCGGCUGUCCGCUGCCGCUACGUCCGCGCAGUCCGGCCUCGGCUCCCUGCUCCGCGCACGCCGGCUCGACGCACCCCGCCAGCUCCCCAGGCCUGCCGGGUCGCCGCGCCCGGCCCCGCCCUGUGGCCGACUCCCGCUCGCCCCGCGCCGGCUCAUCCCCACCUCCUCGCCGCGCCCGUCAGUCGCCCCCGCUGCGCCCGGCCGGCUCCGCCCCCUGAGGCACCCGCUCGCCGGCUUCGCUCCGACGAGCCGCCCCCGCCCGGCCGGCUCCGGGUGGCCGCCCCGUACCCAGCCGUGGCGCCUCCGCCUCCUGGUGGCCGCUGCUCCAGGCCGGCCCCUGCACCCGCCCGUUCUGCUGCGUGCUUGCUCCACGCAGUGGCGAUUAGCCGUUGCUUGA